UUUUCUUCUUCAUUUCUGAGUCUGGAUCUGGAUUUCACCGAAAACGUCCUAGAAAUCUAAGAGAUGAAUUUGACCUCGUAUAACUUUACUUGGUAUAUGAUGCUGGUUUGUUUACAAACUAGCAAGACGUUGCUAAGUGGUAUCUAAGCACGUGACCAAGUCCUGCAGUGGACCUUUGCUUUGAAAGAACUCGCAAGGAAGUGAAAAACUUGUUCAAUGGAAUAGCAAGAAAUUUCUUUACGAAACGCCUUUUGAAGCCGAAUUCUCGGGUAUCUCUACAAAAAAUGUUAGCACAACAGUGUUUCGUGUUACUGCUGCUGCUGAUUAUGUUUCUUCGCGAUGGCGAAGCCUGGAUGAGAAGGCGUCGUAGAAGACGAGCACCGCCACCAUGUCAUGCCCGUGAUUGUCAACUCAGCGAAUGGUCACAUUGGUCAGUAUGUUUGCAUCGAUGUGGCAACGCGGAAACUCGUUAUAGAACAAGAACUAAGACAGCUGAUGAAGCCUGCGGAGGAACAUGUUAUUAUAAUUUCAGGGAAGAGAGCAACUGUAACAUGUAUCCUUGCCAGAACGGAGGGACACCUUCAUAUGGACAAUGCAGUUGUAGGACUGGGUAUACGGGAACAUGUUGCGAGCUCAUGAGUGAAAGGAAACCAAAAGGUAAGGAGAAUCCAACAAGAUCACAAGAGUCGAAUGACAAGAAAUGCUCGAUUGGCUGUGAAUUAGGGAUUGCAUUCGGUUGUUGUGCAGUGUUAUUCGGUAUAUCGGGGAUCGGCUAUUAUGUGAGGAAGAAGUGGAAGCUACAGGAGGACCAAGUACAAUCUGUGACUUUCGUACGUAAUCUGACUGUGGAAAGAAAGGAUGGCACAAUAACAGUAACAGAACAACAUGUAAAGAUCGGCGGGCGUGGAGGGAAUAAUCGUUUCGAUAAUGGCACACGAGAUUUUUGCCUGCCUGGCUGCCCUACAUCGGAUGAAUGAAGAAAUCUGAUAGCGCUAGUGCUGUGGAAGAACACAGUGAAUGAUGACCACAGUUGUGUGCAUUGAUUUGUCAUAUUUCGUAUUUUCAGUGUUCUCAAAAAGUCUCUUAAAAACCUCAUUAAUAAUUCAUGAAGGAAACAACAUAGAAAUCAUGACGCUAUGAAGGUUUUAUAGCUGAUAUAGAUUCGUCUUCAUUUGCAUAAAAUUUAACUUGGAUUUUCUCUAUCAAACUAGGUUCAUUUCGCGAAUUCGGUACAAUUUUAAGAAAUUUAAUAAAAACUCACAGCUCGUGUUUUAUACCCGAUAAAAACACUCCGGCUGGGGCUGGAGCAGUGAAAUUCACCCGCACCAAAGGCAGCCCAAGCAAUGUAUUUGUGGUGUAUAUGAUAGCAUUUACAGUCAAUGUAUGGGACGGAAAAAUAUGUAAUUAAAAAAAAUUUGAACAUACUUUGCACUUGUGUUGUUGUUAUGGUAUUUAACGUCAUUCAAAAACAACUCAGAAUGACGUUAAAUAGCAUACAACACAGGUUAUUUAUUUUUAAUCACUUUUACAACAAACAGAAUAGACAACAAGGGAGAAGGGGUCAAAUUUAAUUCUCGUAAUGGGUUGCCGGGCAAGCGAAUCGCCCCACAGCCCUCUCCAAGGUAAGAUUUAAACCGUCUCUAAGAAUAAACUUCAAAAAAUUAACAUCACAAUCUAGAAAUUUUAUUGCUUUUGUAUUUCAGUCUCAAUCAUAGUUAAAGCACCAAGAGACUUCUAAUGAAUGUAUCAGCCUCUCGGAGAAACGUUAAACAAAUACUUUCAAUUUCAAAACCGUUGUCGGGUUCAAAAACAUAGAACAUAGAAGCUGAGAAUAAAAUGGUACAUGGGAAGUAUGUUGAUAAGAUGUAUCUAGUCAUAUAACUUGUGGAAUAUUUAUACGUUGCAAUGACAGAGAUCAUGCAUGGAGGCUUUUCGCAUGUUUCAUAUUGACUGUGUAUCUCAAUUGAAUACAUCAGAGUUUUUCAUUUCCCAGAAUACCUUUCAGCAUUUAUAUUCUAUAAUUUGAACCCGAGGCAAUGAUUUUGCAAUCGAGUAUAUAUAAAUAUUAUUGAUAACGAACGCAUAUUAAUAUCUAUAAAUCGCACGAAUGGAAAUUCUUUCUAUUUACAUCAAAUAAUAAAUAUAUCUUACAAAAUCCUCUUCUUUAUGAACAUAUUUACAAAAAGAAAAGUGUAUGCAUGUAAAAUAACGACUGGCUUUUGAAAUAUUCACCUAAAAUAGUUCAAUCUAUGGCCAUAAAUCAAGCCUUUGUCAGUGAUAAUUCUAAAGCUCCUGUUCUGGUAUCGUGGCCCGUCAAGUCCCUUAAAUUUGAAUGCGCACGCAACCUUGAGAAAACGUUCAAGGAAAAAUACCCUUUUAAACUUGUUUGAAACAGAAAAAAGAGCUUUUAAUAGUUUUCACCAGUACUACCACAGCAAGCCCAAUAUAGAGACGAUACCUUUUUUAAACGGGCAAAAUGUUGCACUGUUCAUCCAGCUUCAACAUGCAUUGUAGAUUGUCAUUGUACAACUAAACAUUUUGAAUUGUUAUCUCAAUCACGUCUUGUUUUGAAAAAUAUUUUACAUCCGAAAUAAACGUGUUGAUAUUGA